UUAGAUAUCUCGUCCACUUUAAUGUCUCUUUCAAUAGCUUAAGAGGCGAAAUCCCUUCCAAUGGUUCGUUUAGAAACUUCACGAGCCUAUCCUUCAUGAAUAAUGAAGCAUUAUGUGGAGCUCCAAGGUUUCAUGUCCCACCAUGCCAAAGUAUUUCAGCUCAAAGUUCAAACAAUGGAAAAAGAAUCCAUCGAUUUAUAUAUAUGGCAUUGGGAAUUAUAGCCUCUUUUGUUGUUCUUGUUGUGGGAUUAGUGAUUGUUGUUUGUCAAAAGAAGAUGAAAGGUGUUAGGAAUGAAAAUGUGGUAGCUGUGAGAACAGUGGAAAGGGUAACAUACUAUGAGCUUAUGGAAGCAACAAAUGGGUACAAUGAUAGCAAUGUGCUUGGGGUAGGGAGUUUUGGGGUUGUUUACAAGGGUGUUCUUGAGGAUGGAAGAAACAUUGCUGUUAAGGUGUUCAAAUUGCAACAAGAAGAGUUCCAUAGUACAUUUGAGGCAGAAUGCAAGGUUUUGUGCAACAUUCGUCAUCGAAAUCUCACUAAGGUCUUAAGUUGCUGCUCCAAUCCGGAUUUUAAGGCCUUAGUCCUUGAAUACAUGCCUAAUGGGAGCUUUGAGAAAUGGCUAUAUUCCGAAAAUCAUUUCCUCGACAUGAAGCAAAGGUUGGACAUAAUGAUCGAUGUGGCAAGUGCUUUAGAAUAUCUUCACCACAAUUGUUCAACACCUGUGGUUCAUUGCGAUCUGAAACCAAGUAACGUUCUGCUAGAUGAGCACAUGAUUGCUCAUGUUAGUGAUUUCGGGAUUGCAAAGUUAUUAAGUAGUGAUGAUGGCGUUUUACACACGAGGACCCUAGCUACAUUAGGCUACAUCGCACCAGAGUAUGGAUCAGAAGGACUUGUGUCAACAAGGUGUGACGUUUACAGUUAUGGCAUCAUGCUAUUCGAAGCUUUCACAAGAAAAAAGCCCGAUAGCGAGAUGUUUUUUGGAAAUGUUAGCUUAAGGAGUUGGGUUCAAGAAUCGUUGCCUAAUAGAGUAAUCGAUGUAAUUGAUGCUGAAUUAGUUGCACCAAGUGAAGCAAAUUUUAGUGCAAAUGUGAAAUGCCUAUCAUCUAUUAUGGAAUUGGCUUUGAACUGCUCCGUAGAAACUCCAGUUGAGAGGAUGAACAUGAAGGAUGUGCAUUUAGCCCUACACAAGAUAAAACUUUUAUUGCUCACAAACUAAUGUAAGUUAUUAUGAGGCUUUUAUUUCCUUUUUUUUUUUCUUGCCCUCAUAUCUUCUUGUGCAUUGAUAUUAGUUGUAUUAAGGAUAUUUUUGCAGGUUGUGGAUUUACUGAAGAUAUUAACAGCAAUCAUACAUCAAAUU